CCCUCCCCCUCGCGAUCCCAUCCCCUUCGCCGGCGGCGUCGACCCCGCGCUGCUGCUGCUGUCGCUGUCGUCGUCUAGGGUUUCGGGUGAUGGUGGCGGCCUUGCCUGUCCCCGCCGCCACCGCCGGGGCUGGGAAGUAGGGGAGGAGGUGGUGUGCUGCGAGAUUUUACUGCUCCAUCCUACCCUACCCUACCCUCCCGCUCUCUGUGUGGGGGGACGGCGAAGAUCUCGAGCGGGCGGAAACCCUAGCGGGGCGGGAUGGACGUCGACUCGCGGAUGACGACGGAGUCGGACUCCGACUCGGACGCCGUCGCGGCGCAGGGGGGUGGGGCCGGGGCCGGGGCCGGGGGCGGGUUCGGGAGUGAGACCUCCUCGGCGUCCCCGUCGGCGCCCGGGACACCCACGGUUAUGGGGGCUGGAGGGGGUGCUGCUCCUAUCGCUGCUGCCGCGGCGGCUGCAGCGGCGGUGUCGGGGGCGGUGGUGGCGGGGCCGAGGCCUGCGCCGGGGUACACGGUGGUGGACGCGGCGAUGGAGAAGAAGGAGGACGGGCCGGGGUGCCGGUGCGGCCACACGCUCACCGCCGUGCCCGCCGUUGGGGAGGAGGGCUCGCCAGGGUACGUCGGCCCACGGCUGAUCCUCUUCGGCGGCGCCACCGCGCUCGAGGGGAACUCUGCCACGCCGCCCUCCCCGGCCGGGAGCGCCGGAAUCCGUCUUGCUGGUGCAACCGCAGAUGUCCACUGCUAUGAUGUUUCAUCGAAUAAGUGGAGCAGGCUUACUCCAGUUGGUGAACCUCCUUCACCAAGAGCAGCGCAUGUAGCCACUGCUGUUGGUACCAUGGUAGUCAUUCAGGGUGGGAUAGGCCCUGCUGGUUUAUCUGCAGAGGAUCUUCAUGUUCUGGAUCUUACACAACAACGGCCACGAUGGCACAGAGUGGUGGUUCAAGGGCCUGGCCCUGGUCCUCGAUAUGGGCAUGUGAUGGCUUUGGUUGGGCAGCGUUUCUUGUUGACAAUCGGUGGAAAUGAUGGGAAGCGGCCCCUGGCUGAUGUGUGGGCCCUUGAUACAGCAGCUAAGCCAUAUGAGUGGAGGAAGCUUGAACCAGAAGGUGAAGGACCACCACCGUGCAUGUAUGCAACUGCAAGUGCCCGUUCGGAUGGACUUCUAUUACUUUGUGGUGGAAGGGAUGCUAAUAGUGUGCCCCUAGCAAGCGCAUAUGGACUUGCGAAACACAGGGAUGGGCGCUGGGAGUGGGCAAUCGCCCCUGGCGUCUCUCCAUCACCCAGAUAUCAACAUGCAGCUGUUUUUGUCAAUGCACGACUUCAUGUCUCAGGAGGUGCUCUUGGAGGUGGUCGCAUGGUUGAAGACUCCUCAAGCGUUGCAGUAUUGGAUACCGCGGCUGGAGUUUGGUGUGAUACAAAGUCAGUAGUUACUACUCCAAGGACAGGAAGAUAUAGUGCAGAUGCUGCAGGCGGUGAUGCUUCUGUAGAGCUCACCCGGCGUUGCAGGCAUGCAGCUGCUGCAGUUGGUGAUAUGAUAUAUAUUUAUGGAGGUCUACGGGGAGGCGUGCUGCUAGAUGACCUUCUUGUUGCUGAAGAUCUUGCUGCUGCUGAAACAACAAAUGCAGCAAAUCAGGCAGCUGCAAUUGCUGCAGUCUCUGAUAUGCAAGCUGGUAGAGAACCAGGUAGGUAUGCCUACAAUGAUGAACAGACAGGGCAGCCAGCUACGGUAACAUCUCCUGAUGGAGCUGUGGUUCUUGGAACUCCAGUUGCUGCUCCUGUUAAUGGGGACAUAUAUACUGAUAUUAGCCCGGAGAAUGCUGUGAUCCAGGGACAAAGGAGAAUGAGCAAAGGUGUUGAUUAUUUGGUUGAAGCCUCUGCUGCAGAGGCUGAGGCAAUCAGUGCUACUUUAGCUGCUGUAAAAGCCAGGCAAGUUAAUGGUGAGGUAGAGCAUUCACCUGACGGGGAGCAAUCUCCAGAUGCCACACCAAGUCCAAAGCAAAAUUCAAGCCUCAUAAAACCCGACUAUGCUCUUUCAAAUAAUUCAACACCACCUCCUGGGGUUCGGUUACACCAUAGAGCAGUUGUGGUAGCAGCAGAAACCGGAGGUGCCUUAGGUGGCAUGGUUAGGCAGCUCUCUAUUGACCAGUUUGAAAACGAAGGAAGAAGGGUCAUCUAUGGUACUCCUGAGAGUGCAACUGCAGCAAGGAAGUUGCUGGAUCGGCAAAUGUCUAUUAACAGCGUGCCCAAGAAGGUAAUUGCGUCCCUUUUAAAACCUCGUGGUUGGAAGCCCCCUGUGCGAAGGCAGUUCUUUUUAGACUGCAACGAAAUUGCAGAUCUAUGUGAUAGUGCGGAAAGAAUAUUUUCAAUUGAACCAAGUGUCCUACAGCUAAAAGCUCCAAUUAAGAUAUUUGGUGAUUUGCAUGGUCAAUUUGGUGACCUAAUGCGUUUGUUUGAUGAGUAUGGUGCUCCCUCAACGGCUGGAGACAUUGCUUACAUCGAUUAUCUCUUUUUGGGAGAUUAUGUGGAUCGUGGUCAGCAUAGUUUGGAGACAAUCACUCUUCUCCUUGCACUUAAGGUUGAAUAUCCUCUUAAUGUGCAUUUGAUUCGAGGGAAUCAUGAGGCCGCUGAUAUCAAUGCUCUGUUUGGGUUCCGGAUAGAGUGCAUUGAGCGAAUGGGUGAACGUGAUGGGAUCUGGACCUGGCAUCGCAUGAAUAGGCUAUUUAAUUGGCUUCCUUUGGCUGCCCUAAUAGAAAAGAAAAUAAUUUGUAUGCAUGGUGGUAUUGGUCGGUCUAUCAAUCAUGUCGAACAAAUUGAGAAUCUUCAAAGACCAAUUACCAUGGAAGCAGGCUCAGUUGUUCUAAUGGAUCUUUUGUGGUCUGAUCCAACUGAAAAUGAUAGUGUUGAAGGACUUAGACCAAAUGCUCGUGGCCCUGGUCUUGUUACCUUUGGGCCUGACCGUGUUAUGGAGUUCUGCAACAACAAUGACUUACAAUUAAUGGUGCGAGCACAUGAGUGUGUGAUGGAUGGUUUUGAGCGUUUUGCUCAAGGUCACCUAAUCACUCUCUUCUCGGCAACAAAUUACUGCGGUACUGCAAACAACGCAGGUGCAAUCUUGGUUCUAGGAAGAGAUCUUGUAGUAGUACCCAAACUCAUUCAUCCUUUGCCACCUGCUAUUACAUCGCCUGAAACCUCUCCAGAGCAUCAUCUUGAGGACACAUGGAUGCAGGAACUGAAUGCGAACAGGCCACCAACUCCAACAAGGGGCCGCCCUCAAGUUGCAAACAACGACCGAGGCUCUCUUGCAUGGAUAUAGUAGCUUUGGCAUGUGUGGAAUUCAUCCAUUGCUUCAUUAUUGGCUUCUGGCUGAGCUACAUUAUCCAUUCUGCUCAAAAGCAGGCACCCUGUGCCCAAGAUAUGUGCUAGUACGCACGAACCUGCAACUGGAAAUUGUUUGCGGAGCAAAGCUAAGUUACAGAAAGACAGAGGGUGGAGAAGCUUCGCCAAUCACUACCGACAGUGCUCUCCAAAUUCUUUUCCCAAAUCACGAGAAGUAAAAUGAACAUAUUCAUGGUCAUUCAUCGGAGCAUCCUACCUGCGAGUCUUCGCCCCUGUAUAUACUCAGAUGAUGCCUGCAGAUAGGUGAGUUGGGGUGUAUGUGUUUUGGUCAACCGAUUUGAGGAACAGAAGGGAUAGUGUAACUAGUGUUACUGUACUAGGUAUUCUUUUCCUGUGUCUAGAUUUUGUUUCCACCAUGUUGGAAAAGUAUUGGAGUGGCCAAAGGAGUAAACUUAUUGGAUGGGGCCCAUCUGUCAGAAGCUCUUGUAUAAAAGCAGUCUCACCCAUUUGUGUUAUCACACCUCCAUCAGCAUUUGUAAUACCUGUCUCUGGUGCUGACAUCAUGUACAAUAUUAUCCUUGACAGUUUUGUGUAGUGAACGAAGUUGGUGCUUGUUGAUUUGUUGUGGGUGGUGAGAGCAGCCUUGUACUGCCCAGUUUUGAGCUUCAUCUUUUGUCCUAUACUACUAUGAACUUGCUCUUUUCAGUUUUGGCUUAUAAGCCAGGCCAAAUUUGAAUUUCCAA